UUUACGGUGGAAUUGCGUGAAAACAAUGGAACCACUCAAACGUCAUGUUCGACCAUUGGCAAUUUCGGUAGUUUCUUCCGGUCGCGAUGACAACGGGAAACUUGAUUUGUUACAAGAAAACGUAGCACAAUGCAAGCAGCAUCUGCAUCAGCAGGCCGUGGGCAACAGCAGGCUGGCUCACGAUGAAGAUGGACGGCGAAGAAAGCGAAGAAAAUUGAAUCCCUAUCAACAGGAAGAACCGAAAGUACCGGCCGAAGGCCUGCUUCAUCACAGCAGAUGUUCCUCCAGUACCGCAAUGGCAAACCAGCAUCUUCGCCUAGCGCUUGCCUUGCUGGGCUUAGUUCUGGGCACGCUUCUGGUGCCGGUUACUUCUUCUCCCGUGUCGACUAAAUCCAGUGAUCGUUCAACGAAGCGCGUCGAUCGAAGCACCUACUGGCAGCGAGUUUCGGAAUGGCGCGAGAAUUUCAUAGCAGAUGACCAACGAUUUCAUCCUUCCCGCGAAUUCUCACACUACGGUAGGGUAGUACCACAGUUGCGACAUGGGCGACAUAAACGAUCCUUAAUCGACACCCGUGAAGCGAACGGCCUUCACGCGUCGCAUUUAACCUUAAGCUAUACUUUAGACGAAGCUGAUGUGAUAUUAGAUUUACAACUCAACGAACAGCUCCUACCGAGCGGACACUUUCUUAGCUAUCAGCUGCCGAACGGAACCGGCAAGCACGUCGAACGAUACACCCGGCCGGAAGAUGUAGACCUUUGCCAUUAUCGGGGCAAAAUUCGUGGAAAGCCUGACUCGAGUGCGGCAAUUUCUACGUGCGGCGAACCGGGAGGCAUUCGGGGCAUCAUCAUCGACCGGGAUGACACUUACUAUAUAGAAAGUUCCGCCCCGGUCGCCACGGAAGCGAACGGUCCCACUUCAAGGAUCGACCUUGCGGAACAUUUUAUUUAUCGACAUGAAGAUUUACUGCCAUCGGGUGAGAACGGAGGCCACAAGUGCGGUUACGAGGGAGGACACGCGAAUGCGACCCACGAUCCGGCGCUCUAUCAGGAGCUGAUGGGGCCAGAGGUGCAUCGCUCGAAGCGAGCCGCAUCGUCCAGCGCGGCGCCAAAGAUCCGCGGUCCGUACAAUGCCAACAGGUACUCCAGCUACGUCGAGCUGGUGAUCGUGGUGGACAACAAGAUGUUCAAGACGAUGCGGGAAAACUUUAAGACCGUCCAGCAGUACUGCAAGGAUAUCACCAACAUCAUCAACGCGCUGUACGAGCCGCUCAACAUUUUCAUCGGCCUGGUCGGGGUGGUCGUGUGGAACGAGGGCGACGAGAUCGAGCUGUCGAAAGACGGCGAGGCGACGUUGAAGAACUUUCUGCACUACCGCAAGAAAACGUUGAUCAAGGAUCACCCGAACGAUAACGCGCAACUGUUCACGAAGGAACACUUCGACGGCGGUGUGGUGGGGAAGGCCCUUAAGGGUCCGAUCUGUACGUACGAGUUCUCCGGUGGGGUGGAGAUGUACCACAGUGAGAUCAUCGGGGUGCAGGCGACGACGGUGGCGCACGAGAUGGGCCACAACUUCGGCAUGGAGCACGACACGUCCGACUGCGAGUGUCCCGAGGAUCGGUGUAUAAUGUCGGCGUCCAGUUCGUCGAUCGCGCCGAAGCAUUGGAGUCGCUGCAGCAUCGAUCAGCUGAGUGUGGCCUUCAACCAUGGGAUGAACUAUUGCCUGAAGAAUAAACCGGAAAGUCUUUUCGACUCGCCGGUAUGCGGUAAUGGGUUCGUGGAGGCAGGCGAACAGUGUGACUGCGGGCUGCCGGACUACUGUGACAAUUCGUGCUGCGAUCCGCGAACCUGCAUGCUCCACUCGAACGCGUCGUGUGCGACGGGCGAAUGUUGUGAUCUCAGCACAUGCAAGCCAAAGAUCGGCGGUACCGUUUGCCGGCCGACCGAUGGCGAAUGCGACCUGCCGGAGUAUUGUUCCGGCGAGUCGGAGUACUGCCCGGGCGAUGUGUUUAAGCGCGACACGGAAAUGUGCGACGGUGGCAAGGCGUUCUGUUACCGUGGCAUGUGUCGCUCGCAGAACGACCAGUGCCGAGUGCUCUGGGGCCCAACCGGGAAAUCAUCCGAGCAGUGCUACGCAAAGAACGAGGAAGGCACGCGGCACGGGAACUGCGGGUACAACCGUGUCAAGAACGAGUACAUCAAGUGUGAAGAGUCGGACGUGCACUGCGGUAUGCUGCACUGUCGGCAUCUGAACGAGCGGCUCGAGUUCGGGAUGGAAUCGGUUGCGAUACUGUCGCACAGCUUCAUGACGUACAACGGGAGUGUGAUACCGUGUCGGACAGCGAUCGUCGAUCUGGGGUUGCAGAAGGUUGACCCCGGCCUAACGCCGGACGGCGCUAAGUGUGGCGAGGGAAAGAUGUGUCUCAAUCAGGCGUGUGUACCGGUGGAGAAGUUAAGAGCAUCCGGGCAUGGUAUGGCAUGUCCGGAGAAUUGCAACGGAAAAGGUGUUUGCAACAGCGAAGGCCAUUGUCACUGUGAGGCCGAUUUUGCACCCCCACACUGCAAUCUGCCCGGUUACGGUGGUUCUAUUGACAGCGGGCCAGCAUCGGAUCCGAAUGCAGGUGCCGGCUUCCGCAGUGCCCUUUACAUCAUGUUCCUUGCCGUGGUACCAGCCUGCACCAUCUUCGCGCUGUUCAUAUACUACUACCGGCAAGGGCAUAGUUUCACCGGCAAACGAAAACCUCCGACCUCCGCCUUAACUACGCACAUUAAACCGGACAGCUCGCAUUCCGCCAGCUCAACCCACACGAUGCUAGCGCCCUCGUCCCCGAACUCCCCCGACUCGGACAUGAACGCGGCCCUGCUGCGACCCUCGGCCACGGUCGGUGGCGCUCCCAUUGCCACGAGCGAGUCGGACUUUGUGGCCAACAACAAUAUGUUUGGUAAAUUUAAAGGAUUCACCCUGCAACCACUUCCCCAGUCCAAAACCACCAACCAAGCCUCCGUACACGGUCACAAAAAGCCACCCAAGGUCGCGUUCGUGCAGCCGGUGGCCAAGUGCAGCCAGCAGGAGGACACAACCAGCAAUGCUGUGCCGGCCCGGGCUGCACCACCCGUACCCGUACCGCUUAAAACGCUAGCAGCGCACGAAACAGACCGUAGUAGUAGUAGCUUUGAUAAUGUAACGACGUACAAUAAACCGGCAGGUAACGUGGCACUGCACGCGCCUACCCGCGUCAACGGCUGCAAGCUGGCCAACCACGAGCAUCAGCUGGAUGCGGCCGGUGCGCCCGCGCUGCCUCCGCUGAAUCCGGGCUCGACGGCACGGCCAAUCAUUUCCAGCCCGAUCCUCGAAUCGUCGACCUGCACCUCGCGGGAACUAAUCGCGGGCGGAGUGGUACAGAACAGUCAGAACGUGCCCAUCCGCCGGGCGCCGACCCUUCCACCGCUUGCCGUGCCCGACGCGACGCUCCUAUCUUCGUCCGGGUCGCUGCAUUCCACGGACGGGACCAACUCCGCUUCGUUGGGGGCCGACGUGCUAAUCAAUCCGGUCAGCAAGGAAAAGAAGCCGAAAGAGAGUAAACUGAACCGCAUCACGUCUUAUCUAAAGAAGGAGGAAAAACCACCUAAACCGGAACCGAAACAGUUGAAGGUGAUCGACAAGGAGAAGCUACGAAACAUCGCCAUCUCCGCGCCGAUUCCGAUCGAUCAAAAUCCAGAGUUGGCGAAGAGCAUGCCCAGGCUGGCGGAUGGUUCGGAGGAUACGUUGUCGGAAGUUUCUGGCACCACCACCACCUCCACGGUUGUUUCUGUGCAAAGGGCAAAGAGUAUGCGAGAUCCGGAGUCAACUAACAACGGUGGCUCGCAGCGUAAGGUUCGGAUAGUUGACGAUCGUUCCGAGAAUGGAUCCAUCGGAAGCGGUUCGGGGAAGAAAUCGGGACCCCUUAAGCGACCCCAGAGUAUGGUCGGCACGCGACCAACGAUUCCCCCACCGAGGCCACCCGUCCCAGCGGUGGCAACGACACAACCAGGUGCGCUGAAAAUUCCGGGCGUUCCCGGAUACCAGAAUCCGCCGCCACCAAAGUCGGUGAAGAUCGUCAGCCCUCGGCACGAGUAUGACGAUUGUCGGGACGCCAUCAGCACCGUCCACCCGCCACAUGGAACGGACAACAUUUACGCUGUCAUCGAUGAGUCACCGUCACCACCGAGCAUUCUCUCACCACCGGCCAUCUCGUCCGGUGGUAGCUCGGAGAGCAUGGGCCUGCUUGGGGAGAUUGUGAACGAAAUCGAAAGCCGGCACGGGGACUCGGUGUACAUUGCGUCGACGCUGCGUCGAAGUGGAGGCAGUGGUAGCCGGAACUCUUCCUCGAUCGCUACCCAACCGUCGGUGGUGGCGAACGGUGCGCCGCCAGUGGCUUCCGCCGAGGAGGACGACGACGAGCCAACGUACGUCAACACGUCGGAUCUCAUCGACGACGACGACGACGAUUUCGACGCGACAGAAGAUGAUGACGAUGGUGAUGAGGAGGAUGUCGCUGUUCCUCCGGUUGUCGCCAUGGCCAACCGCAACUCCGGCCUCAGUACAACCUCCAGCGGGUACCUUCGCCCGUCCGCCAUCAGCAGUGCCCCGAUUGCACGGAUAGCACCCUCCACCAGCAACGGUUCGCCGUCGGAGAAACCUUCCUCAAACGGGGUAAGCAGCUUCAAGACUAAUCCUGUGGCCACAAACGGAAGUGGUGGUGCGACGGGUAACGUGUUAAACGAAAUCAAAUUCCAAGGUCCCACGGCAGCAGUGAAAGAACCGCUCAAAAAACCCUCCACCCCAGCGAGUUCCACGGCGACGAACGGUACCUCUUCCUACAAACCGUACCACAGCGUCCUCACGAACAGUGCCCGCGCUGGUUCGGUGGUAGCCGCGGCGAAGGCAAAAAUUGCGUCAGAAAAAGCCAACCCUCCGGCAGGAGGUGUGAAAAAACCCACACCCCAAACGACCACCACCACCACGUCCGUCCGCACACGAACACCUUCCCCGCGCGGAGGCAUCGUAAGCAAUGGGUCAAUACCGAACGGAACCGUCGCCAGCGGGAAGACAGCAGCAAAUCCGACCGGAAAACCUAAAACUCCUGCCAAACCGGAGCCACUCACAACGAAACCGAAAACCGCUCCGGUUAGCAACGGGAAACUACUGACGGCGGCAGCCCGGCCCGCCCCAGGGAAGGUCUCCAAUGUGGCAUCGCUUCAACAAAAGUUUGAGGGACGAAAAUAGGGGGUUUUGCGCUGAUUUAUUAUGAAGAGAUCACCCGGAUCUCUUACAAAGCAGUUAUUUAUACCAGAUCGGUAACGAGCGCAUUCGAGUAUAAGAUAUUUCUAAACUUCUUUUGGAGCAUCAGUUAAGUGUUCUACUAUUAGGCGAUCUCUUCGGAAGUUAAAAAAAAAAAACAAACGACGGACUGUUAGGAACCACAUAAGAUGGUUCGUGGAAGUGUUCAGGAGCCAAAGAAAGAAUCCAGUCUAAAUUUUGUUUUAAAACAAUCUCUCUCUAUUUUUUUGAACUGUAAAUGGACACACAAUGUGGCUCUAACUACUUUGUUAUCAGUUAGGAAAAUGUCCGAACACAAAAAUACUAUCCGUUGCUUAGUCGUAGUAAAUAAAUUUGAAACUCAUUAUAUUUGGCAUUGAGUUGAAAAUGUCAAUUCUUUCUUUUUCGGUUAGCGAACAAACUUCGUGACAAGCAGGAGAGAAACCG